GAAAAAAAAGAAAGAGACAACUAGUCCUAAUUUGCUUUUUGUUUUUCCAAUCUUCUCUUUUUCAAUCCUCUUUAUCAAAACCCCAAGCAACCCCAACAUUCCACCCUCCUCUUUGCCUUCCAAAUCUUUCUCUCAAACCUCUUCCUCUGUGUCUGUCUGGCUCUUCUUUCUCCUAAUUAAGGGUUUUGAUUAGGGAUACAUACAAGUAUAGCUGUAAAUUUUUCUCUAUCCUACCCAGUUUGUUUCUUUUAGGUUCACAUUUAUAUAUGAAUAUGGCUCCUGUUUCACUACCUCCUGGGUUUAGGUUCCACCCCACAGAUGAAGAACUUGUUUCUUAUUAUCUCAAAAGAAAGAUAAAUGGUCGUAAGAUCGAGUUAGAGAUAAUCCCUGAAGUUGAUCUUUACAAGUGUGAACCAUGGGACUUGCCGGGAAAGUCAUUGUUACCGGGAAAAGAUUUGGAGUGGUAUUUCUUCAGUCCUCGAGAUAGGAAAUAUCCGAAUGGAUCAAGAACAAAUCGUGCAACCAAAUCUGGUUACUGGAAAGCCACAGGAAAAGACCGUAAGGUGAAUUCUCAGAGUUGUGCAAUAGGAAUGAAGAAAACCCUAGUUUACUAUCGAGGUAGGGCACCACAUGGUUGUCGUACAGGUUGGGUUAUGCAUGAGUAUCGUCUUGAUGAGACACAGUGUGAAACCAACACAGGCUUGCAGGAUGCAUAUGCUCUUUGUCGUGUGUUCAAGAAGACUACAGUGAUUCCUCCAAAAGUUGGAGAUCAACACUAUGUUAAUGUCACCACCAGCCAUGCAAAUCAGAUCAUUGCCAGUGAUCAAUCAUCAAGCAUUAACGAGCUCUACUCUGAAGGUAGAGGUGAAGUUUUAGAGAGUUCAAAUUAUUUUAUGUCAUUGGAUGCAUGCCCUUCCUCCAACAUAAAUGUGAAUACCUUCAAUAUCAAUGGUGGAAGAAGGGACAAUGAGACAACAUGGUCGCAUUUCUUAUCAGAAGACUUGCUCAAUCUUCCAACAACAUCCACUUCUUCAUUUCCCAAUUAUGGAUCCAUGAGCUAUCCUCCAUCAAAGGUGGAUGUAGCACUGGAGUGUGCAAGGAUGCAGCACAGGUUUAGCAUGCCUCCAUUGCAGAUGCAGGAUCUGGAGUUUCCUCAAGUUGGAAUUUCCAAGCUGAAGAUGGCACAAGGGUCGAGUUCCAUGAGUGGAACCAGAAAUGAAACAGAUAUCUUGCAGGAAAUUCUUUCGGUUGCUCAUGCUUCCCAGGAGUUAAUAAAUCAAUCCAACUACUCAUCACAGCCAUUCAUGAAUGCCAAUGAAAACUAUGCUCCUCAUGAAAGUGACUUCACUUUUAUGGUUGGCACCAAUUACAAUCAUGUCAACGAUAUGAACACCAUGGGAUUUGUUGACAAAGCAUGGGAAGACCAAAACACAAGAUCAAUAGAGAUUGGAGAUCUUGAUGAUGGAUUCAAGACAGACAAUUUGAGAUGGGUGGGAAUGUCCAGCAAAAAUGUCGGAAAGAGCUUUAUGGAAGAGCAGCAAAAUAUUGUUCCAAUUGAUGAUAUCUCAAACUUCCAAACUAACACGGAAGAAAACGAGAUGAAAGUAGGAUUUGAGAAACACAGUUGCAACAAAGAAAUAACUGAUACUGAGAUUGAUGAAUUUUCAAUGGGAUUCAUGAACGAUGAAGACCCGAAUGAGAACUUCCUAAACGAGGAAAACAUUGACUAUUCAAAUUCUACAAACUUUGAUGUUGUUGAGGAAACAAAAACCAAUCAUGGAAUGUUUGUCUCGACUCAUCAAGUAGCUGAUACAUUCUUUCAUCAAGUAGCUCCUUCACAAACCCUAAAAGUUCAACUGAAUCCAGUAAUGGCUGGCAAUGAGUGUAUAGAGAAUGCAAGAGUUAGCGAAGGACUGUCUUUCUUUAGAAAGUUUAAGGCCUAUGUGACAGGGAAGCUAAGAAAUCCAUCAAAGACAAUAGGAAGUGCCCUUGAAUUCAUCUUUGCAUUGUUGUUGAUGCAUUGUGUUUUUCUAAAGGAAUUUGUGGAAGAUUGGAAAUCAGAGCUUAAAAAUGGUGGCAGUGUUUACACGAUGAAGAGAAUGAGAGAAGCAGAAGAGAGAGUGAGGAGGAAUGAAGAAGAAAAAGUUUGGUUGGUUGGAAUGAAAUAUGGGAAAGGUUUUAGCAUGGUCCUAAAGAAGAUAAGCAUUUUCCUCACUAUAUCGUUGGCUCUGUUUACCAUGUGGGCUAACCAUAUCAUAGUUCACUCUUAGAAAUCAUACAUACAUACAUACCCUAAUUUUUAUUUUGUUUUUAGUUUCUAACUUUUCUCACAUCUCAUUCAUACCUUCAAAUAUUUGUAUUAAUUUUACUUCCUCACAUUCCU